GUUAAUGGGCUUAUGAAUUAUUAAUGAUUUUUUGAAGAAUAAUAGAGACGUAUCUUACAGUUCCUUGUGAGUUACUUUAAAAGAGGAUGCAAAACAUUUUUGUUACACAUCAAAAGGAAUCCUUGGUCAGAUUGUCGCCUUUCUGAAUUCUCUGGAACAAUGAAUUUUGCACUUGUGGUUCCAAUACUGCUAGAGCUUUUUCUUGCCAUCGACGCAUGUACCGAGAUCCGAGUGACCGCCGAGGACAAAACGGUCGUUGUCGGACGAAGCAUGGAGUUUAUGAUCGAUCUCAUGUCGUACAUCGUGGUGGAGCCCAAGGAUUACCCCCACACUGCAGAACUACCAAAGACUUGUUCCCGUAGUUCAUCAGCAAUUACUUGGACCAACAACUACAAGAUCGCAUACCUUGACGCUUUGAGCUCGCCUUUUAGCUGUGACGGCCAAAAUGACGCUGGACUCUCCGUGGGUGCACUCCUCCUUCAUGGUUUUUCCAAGUAUCAGACUGUCCACAAAAAUAAGUGUGGCUCGGCCAUUUCCAACUUGGAGUUUACGGCAUGGAUUCUAGGCAACUUUGCAACUACUGAAGAGGUGCGAAGGGCUUGGAGAAAGGACUCAUUCCCACUUAUGUGGGAGCAACCUCUGAAAGGGAACACCUUUGAACUACACUGGUCCAUCACUGACAAAAGUGGUGACGGCAUUAUUAUUGAGUACACCGAACAGGGACCAAAGCUGCACGAAAAUACAAUUGGUGUCGUGACCAACUCUCCACCCUAUGACUUCCACAUGCUGAACCUCCGCAAUUACGUCCAUCUUUCUAAGUUUGCUCAUGAUCCUUUGGUAUUGGGUGAAACAACGUUCCCACCCACUGGCCAAGGAAGUGGACUUCUUGGUGUUCCAGGAGAUUUCACUCCCCCGUCGAGACUGGUACGAUCUGCAGCCAUGGUGAACUUUGCUGAUACAGCCAAGAGAAGUGAUGAGGCGGUAAAUUUGGCUUUGCACAUCAUGAACAAUGUUGAUAUUCCCCACGGAGUCGCUGCAUCCCAUGAUCAUGAAAGUAUGGCCGACUACACUUCUUGGAUUGUGGUCAAGGACCUCACCAACAAGGCAAUGUACUUUCGCAAUUAUGAAGAUCUCACCGUCCGUGUGAUUCAUCUCGACAAAGUGACCCCUGGCAAGAAGUUGAAAAUCAAAGUUGGAACUCCUAUUGGUGGGUUUGUGGAUGUCACAGGAGAUCUUCAGGAUGCUCAAGCCCAUACUGAACUUUAAGAAACAGAACUGUUUUUCUGCUUGUUUGCCAAUGUUUUCCCCU